AUGGUAUUUGCCGCCACUCCCCCGUACGAUGGAACUCUUGCAAAGUAUUAUGUUUUGCCAGAAGAUUUUUGCUACAAGCUACCUGAUACCAUGGAUCUGAAAGACGGUGCGUUGAUGGAACCACUCGGAGUUGCUGUCCACAUCACUCGCCAGGCAGAGGUUAAACCCGGCGAUACAGUUGUGGUAUUUGGUGCUGGCCCAGUCGGAUUGCUAUGCUGCGCAGCUUCAAGGGCGUUUGGAGCAGCCAAGGUCGUCUCUGUUGACAUCCAGGAAGAAAGGCUGGAAUUUGCAAAGAAGUAUGCCGCCACAGGGGUGUUUCUACCUCAAAGGAUCCCGGCAAAGGAAAACGCAGAGAAGCUACGGUCAGAGCAUGGGCUCGGCCGUGGUGCGGAUGUGGUCAUCGAUGCGUCAGGCGCUGAACAAUCCGUCCAUACUGGCAUCCAUGUUGCACGGCCGGGCGGAACGUAUGUCCAAGGCGGCAUGGGGCGAGACGAGAUCAGCUUUCCUAUCAUGGCGGCGUGCACAAAGGAGUUGAACAUGAGAGGCAGCUUUAGAUAUAGCAGCGGCGAUUAUAAACUCGCUCUGGAUCUGGUUGGCUCUGGGAAGAUCAGCGUCAAGGAGCUAGUGACGAAAGUGGUGGCAUUCGCGGAUGCCGAGCAGGCGUUUCUGGAAGUGAAGGCUGGCAAAGGGAUCAAAACGCUCAUUGCGGGGAAAGAUGAUUGA